UCACAGGCGUUGGAUAAACCAAGCGAAGGAACACGCCAUUACUUCGAGCUUUCUCGUAGAGAAAUGGCGUCCUUCACUGCAUUAUUCAUGAAUCCGGUAUUUCUCUGCAACAACAACAUUCGCCGCUUCCCUCGCCAUACACCAAAUGCUCGAACAAGACUCAGACCCAUCACCGCCAAACUUGCUGAAAAAACCUCGUUACAGUACAGAAAACUCGGGGACUCGGAUCUUGAAAUCAGCGAAAUUACUCUUGGAACCAUGACCUUUGGACAGCAGAAUACAGAGAAAGAAGCUCAUGAAAUCCUUAGCUAUUCAUUUGAUCACGGCAUUAAUAUUCUUGACACAGCUGAACUCUAUCCAAUACCACCGAGUAAGGAAACACAAGGAAGAACAGAUCUCUAUAUUGGUAGCUGGUUGAAAUCCCAGCCCCGUGAUAAGGUUAUUUUGGCUACAAAAGUGUGUGGUUAUUCAGAGCGGUCAACUUGUGUUCGUGAUAAUGCAAAGGUUUUGAGGGUUGAUGCUGCUAAUAUCAGAGAGAGCGUCGAGAAAAGCCUUCAGCGCCUUGGAACAGACUACAUUGAUUUGUUGCAGAUUCAUUGGCCAGAUCGCUAUGUACCACUCUUUGGAGAGUUUUUUUAUGAUUAUUCGAAAUGGAGACCCAGUGUGCCAUUUGUGGAGCAACUAAGGGCCUUUCAAGAACUCAUUGAUGAAGGAAAGGUACGAUACAUUGGUGUUUCAAAUGAGACUUCAUAUGGAGUAAUGGAAUUUGUUCAUGCAGCCAAAGUUGAAGGGCUACCAAAGAUUGUUAGUAUCCAGAACAACUACAGUUUGUUAGUUAGGUGCCAUUUUGAAAUUGACCUUGUUGAAGUUUGCCACCCAAACAAUUGCAACAUUGGCUUACUUGCUUACUCUCCCUUGUCUGGUGGAGCACUGAGUGGAAAAUAUUUGGACCUGGACUCUGAAGCUGCCAAAAAAGGAAGACUAAACCUCUUCCCGGGCUACAUGGCAAGAUACAAAGAUUCACUUGCCAGGGAAGCAACAGAGAAAUAUAUCGAAAUGGGCAGGAAGCAUGGAUUAACUCCGGUGCAACUUGCACUUGGAUUUGCACGAGAUCGUCCAUUUAUGACGAGUUCUAUCAUUGGGGCAACCUCAGUUGACCAAUUAAAAGAAGACAUUGACGCUUUCUUGACAACAGAACGUCCUUUGCCACCAGAAGUAAUGGCAGAUAUUGAAACCAUUUUCAAGAGAUAUAAAGAUCCUGCUAUCCUCUGAGAUCUGUGCGAUGCGGUGUGAUUCUUUUGUUUAGUUUAGUUAUAUGUUAAGUAUGCAAUUUUGCACCAUCUACUAUUUAACACUCAUUCUUUUUCUUUAUUAUGCUUGUUGCAUCUGAUAUGCAGAGCAACCUCAUCAGAACAAUGGGAGAGUAGCAACUGCUCAGUAAAGUAGAUAUUCUUUGUA